AAAGUGCGUAACGACGCUCCUCAGUUUUUCCCUCCUCGUUGACGAAGCUAAAUGUUAAGCUAAAGAUACUUUUAUCUUCGUACAUUUUGGACUGCAGCGCUCUAACAUUAAGGGAGGAAGGUCCACAAAGAACCGAACACCCAUCACAUCGUUGCGAAAGACAACCUAUGCGGUCCUGCUAGCAGGGCAAGAUGUUCAACAAGUCUUUUGGUACUCCCUUUGGGGGAGGGACGGGGGGCUUCGGCACUGCCUCGACCUUCGGACAGCAAAACACGGGUUUUGGGACGCCGGGAGGCUUUGGGACGUCUGCGUUCGGUGCCGCCGCCAACACUGGAGGACUGUUCGGUCCCGCUCAGGCUAAACCUGGCGGUCUGUUCGGUGCCAACACCUUCAGCCAGCCGCCGGCCUCCUCCACAGCCACCGGCUUUGGGUUUGGAGCAGCGGCCGCCGGCGCCACCACCACCACCACCAGCCUUUUCGGGAACACCGGGACGGGAACCACCGGAGGACUCUUCUCCCAGCCGAGCAAUGCCUUCGGGGCCAGCAAACCCACCUCGUUCGGAAAAGUCUCCCUCCCAUCGUGUCCUCCAGGCUUCGGGACCAGCACCAGCAGCGGGGGGCUGUUCGGGUCCACCAACACCACCUCCAACCCCUUCGGAGGGAGCGCCGUGUCCUCCCUUUUCGGGGGGGCGGGCUUCACCGCCGCACAGCAGCAGCCGGGAACCACCGUCAAAUUCAACCCUCCGUCAGGAACUGACACGAUGGUGAAGGCCGGUGUGACCACGAGCAUCAACACCAAGCACCAGUGCAUCACGGCCAUGAAGGAGUAUGAGAACAAAUCCCUGGAGGAGCUGCGUCUGGAGGACUACCAGGCGGGCCGAAAGGGUCCCACCAACCCGAUGGCCGCGGCGACGGGUGGUCUGUUCGGGGCGCCAGCCGCCGCCGCAUCCAGCGCCGCCACCGGCAUGUUCGGAGCCGCCGCCGCCACCACCAACUUCUCCUUCGGUCAGAACAAGAGCACCUUCGGAGCCACGCCGGCUGCCGGGGGGUUCGGAGCGACGGCUGGUGGUCUGUUCGGGGCGCAGCAGGCGGCUCAGCAGCAGCAGCAGCAACAACAACAACAACAGCAGCAGCAGCAGCAGCAGCAGCAGGCAGCGGCGGCCAGCAGCCUCUUCAAACCAUUCGGAGCCACCACCACCACGCAGAGCUCCGGAUUCUCCUUCGGGAACACCAACACCAUGGGCCAGGCUAACACCAGCAGCAUUGGUCUUUUCGGGAACACGGCGGCCCCUCAGCCUAGCGGUCUGUUUGGCGCCGCUCAAACCAGCGCGGCCACCGGCUUCGGGGCGGCCACCGGACUCUUCGGACAACCCAACACCGGGUUCGGAAACGUCGGCACACAGCAGAGUUUAUUCGGGAAUAAGACGGCUGGGUUCGGCACCACCACCACCAGCGCUCCGUCCUUCGGCACCGGCACCGGGCUGUUCGGAAACAAGCCGGCCCUCACCCUGGGAACAGGGACCAACACAGCCACCUUCGGGUUCGGAGCCAACCCUGCUGCAGGGAGUCUGUUCGGUGCCAAACCGGCCACCGGAGGACUGGGGGCCGCACUGGGAACCAGCUUUGGAGCAGCAGGUGGCACAGGACAGACGUCUCUGUUUGGGAACACUCAGGGUAAACUGGGCACCACACUGGGAGCGAUGGGAACGUUCGGAGCAUCGGCGUUCAACAGCGGCGCGAACAGCCUGGGCUUCGGAGCGCCGCAGCAGCCCGUCGCGCUAACGGACCCGAGUGGCGCGGCGGCCCAGCAUGCUUUGCUGCAGCAGCAGCUCAGUGUUCUGGCCUACUCUCCGUACGGAGACUCACCUCUGUUCAGGAACCCGCUGUCGGACCCCAAGAAGAAGGAAGAGCGUCUGAAACCCACCAAUCCCACGGCCCAGAAGGCUCUGACCACGCCCACCCACUACAAGCUGACCCCCCGGCCGGCAACCCGGGUCCGGCCCAAAGCGCUGGGCUCCUCGGGGGCCUCCAAGUCUCAGCUGUUUGACGGGCUGGACGACGACGAGCCGUCGCUCACCAACGGGGCCUUCGUCCCCAGGAAGAGCAUCAAGAAGCUGGUCCUGAAGAACCUAAACAGCAGCCAGUAUAGCAGCCCGCUGAGCAAGGACGGCAACGACCUGGCCUCCCCCCCGGAGUACCCUCACAACGGGCACAGCGGUCAUGUGGAGGAUGAGGAGGAGAUGGCGGGUCUCAGCAGCCGGACAGAUGAGGACCCAGAGGUGACCGAGUUCUACGUCAACCCGAUCGCCAAGCCCGUCCCCCAGGGCCGCAUCCCCCCCGCCGUCCUGCAGGACACCAUCAGCGAGCUCAACAUGCACAAAGCAGCGCGCAACGGCCUGGAGCUGAGCAGCGAUGAUGUCUCAGCGUCUCUGGGUGAGGAGUCUCUGCAGGAGGAGCAAGAGGAGGAGCAGCAGGAGCAGCAGCCUCCUCACCCUGCAGGCAUCGUUCUGAACCGCGUGGGCUACUACACCAUCCCCUCCAUGGAGGACCUGGCUGAGAUGGUGGAUGAGAACGGAGACUGCGUGGUGGAGAACUUCACCGUGGGCAGGAAAGGCUACGGCUCCAUCUUCUUCCCCGGUGAGGUGAACGUGGCGGGGCUGAACCUGGAUGACAUCGUGCACUUCAGACGCAAAGAGGUCAUCGUUUACCCCGACGACAAGAACAAGCCGGGGGAGGGGGAGGGGCUUAACAGGAAGGCAGAGGUGACUCUGGAUGGCGUCUGGCCCAAUGACAAGACGUCGUGCUCUCAGAUCCGCAGUCCGGAGCGUCUGACGGAAAUGAACUACGAGGGCCGGUUGGAGAAGGCCUCCCGCAGACAGGGGGCCCGGUUCCUGGAGUACAGAACCGAGACCGGCUCCUGGGUGUUCGAGGUCGCCCACUUCUCAAAGUACGGCCUGCAGGACUCUGACGAAGAGGAGGAGGUCCCGCUCAAAUCUGACCCCAAGAAGCUGAAGACGAUGAUGACACUUCCUCCCUCCCGGCUGCAGCAGCUGCUCCCCCCCGCCCAGCCGCAGACCCCCGUGGUGUCGGACCUCCCGGCCGGCGUCCCGGAGCUAGACAGCGACAUGGCCGACAUCACGCAGAGCUUCCCCACAGAGAGCAUGCUAGCAGGAGAGGAGGACGAGCUGCCGGCGGGGAAGCGGCUGGAGGCGAUGCUGGAGGGUUCGAUCCCCGCCGAGCACGACAUGGUGUCUGCCUCCAGCUGCAUGGCGUCCUCGCUGGGCAUCAACCCGCACACCCUGCAGAUCAUGAAGGCGUCUCUGUUCAGCGAGGAUGAGGAGGACAUGUUCCAGGAGCCGUCGGGGCUGAUGAAGAGCUCUGACGUCUCGUCCCCUCGCAUCGUGCUGCCUCAGAGCAGAGCGUCAGUGGGGGGUCUCCUCCAGGCUCGCUUCACCUCUGGCCUCUUCGCCCAGCUCCCUGACUCCCCCCGCCCAUCUCCUCUGUCCCGGGGGUCUCCUGCAGCCGCAGAGCCCAACCGCUCGCUGCAUUGGGCCGGACCGGUCCCCUCCAGCUUCCUGCUGCCCACACGCACCCCCGAGCCCUCCGUCAGGACGGUGGGGGUCCGGAGGCUCGGCGGCCCCGUCCCUCUCAAAGAGUCGAUCACUCAGGGGAAGGGGUCUCUGCUGAUGGACGCCGGGCUCUUCAGGGGCCGCUCCUUCAGGGUGGGCUGGGGCCCCGGCUGGACUCUGGUUCACUGUGGGGAGCGGCUCAGCUCUGAGGACAAAAACCCCCACCUCACUAAGACCGACUUCAGCUUCCUGCCAGCAGCCAGGAGCCGACCGCUGAUGGAGAGCUGCUAUAAGGUGGUGGUGGAGCAGCUGGAGGUGAAGGCCAGCGAGGACCAGGAGGAGGAGCUGCAGCGCCCCCUAGAGAUCUGUCUGGAGAACAGCACCGUGGAGACCCCCGCCGCCUCCUCCUGCCCCCUGGUGACCCCCCGGCCCGGGGUGGAGGCGCUGCACCAGUACGCAGACUGGAUCAGAGAGCUGAGCCAGAAGGGGGGUGCAGAGCCGCUGCUGAGUCCCUGGUCUGAGGUGUGGACCCUCUGCGAGGCCCUGUGGGGCCGGCUGGGCCCCGAGGACCCGGAGCAGGAGGCCCUCAGCGAGUACGAGCAUCAGCUGCAGAGGAGGAACACCGUCUCCUCCUGGCUGUCCCGAGGAGCCUCCUCCCGGGUGGAGGAGGAGGUGGCGCUGGCCGGGAAGAACCGCCACACUGACGCCAUCUUCAGCUUCCUGACCGGGAACAGGAUCAGUGAGGCCUGCCGCCUCGCCCAGAGCCAAGGAGACCACCGGCUCUCCCUGCUGCUCUCCCAGGCGGGGGGGUCUCAGGACUGCAGGGACCUGCUGGCUCUGCAGCUCAACGACUGGAGCCGCAUGCAGUCAGACAGCUACGUCCCUGAGGAGAGACUGAGGAUCUACACCCUGCUGAGCGGGAGACCGGUGUGGCAGUCAUCUGACUCCUCGGUGAACGUGUUUUCAGAGCUGGACUGGAAGCGCUGUGUGGGGGUCUCCCUCUGGUUCAUGCUCCCCCCAACCGCCUCCGUGGCCGACGCCCUGGCCAGAUACGAGUCCGCCUUCCAGGGCUCCUGUGAGGGGGGCAAGUACGCCGUGGCCCCCCUUCCCCCCUACCUGGAGGAAGAGCUUCCCAACCUGGAGGAGGAGGAGGAAACCAAACGCCCUCUGCACGACCUCUGCUUCCACUUGCUGAAGCUCUACAGCGACAGACACUACAGCCUGCAGCAGCUGCUGGACCCGCUGACCGUCACCUGGCAGCGUCUGGAUUACCGGCUCAGCUGGCACCUGUGGGGGGUCCUGCAGGCACUGCACUACACCCACCUGAGCCCCCCCCGGCAGGGCCUCCUGCACAGCAGCUACGCCGCCCAGCUGGAGAGCGCCGGCCUCUGGCACAUGGCCGUCUUCAUCCUGCUGCACAUCCAGGACCACACGCAGCGUGAGCGUGCUGUGAAGGAGCUGUUGGCUCUCUACUGCCCCCUGCAGGAGACGGAGGAGUCUCAGCGGAGGGAGUGCUUCCUCACCGAGAGGCUGCUACUCCCCGAGACCUGGAUCCACCAGGCCAAGGCCACCCGGGCCCGCCGCCACGCAGACCACCAGCAGGAGGCGCUGCACCUGUAUCGGGCCGGUGCCUGGAGCCAGUGUCACCGGCUGCUCAUCCAGCACCUGGCCUCAGACUGCAUCAUCAACGAUAACCACGACUACCUGCUGGAGUUCCUGGAGGGGCUGGCGGUCCCUGAACGCAGCGCCACCAUCCAGGACUGGGACACGGCGGGGGGGGUUUACCUGGACUACAUCCGGGUUAUCAAGACUCUGCAGCAGAUCCAGCAGCUGGAGAGCGCAGGGUAUGAGUUGGAGCGACUUCACUCUGACGUGACGUCUCUCUGCGGCCGCAUCGAGCUACUGCCCUGCAUCUGCGCCAGAGACCGCCUCGCCCAAUCAGAGAUGGCGAAGCGCGUGGCGAACAUCCUGCGCGUGGUGCUGAGUCUGCAGCACGGUGCCUCCGACCCGCUCAGCAUCCCGCUGGCUCGCCUGGCGCCGCACAUCGCCCGGCUGCCCAUGCCCGAGGACUACACCCUGGAGGAGCUGAGGGGCCUGACACAGGCCUACCUGCAGCAGCUGGUGCUCAGCCAAUGACAGUGCACGUGGGCGGAGCAACAAGAUCUAUAACAGUAGAUUCAUCUGUUGGGAAACCAGUUUAAUCCAGUCAUUACCAAUCUAGUCCGGCCUGAGUUCCCCAGACUGCAGUUCAGGGUCGGGACCCCAAAGACAAGUGUCAUGGGACAGGAAUGUGUACUUUUUGGGGGGGUCAUUUUACCUCAAAACGAAAUAUAAUUACACAAAGAAUAGAUUUCUUAAUGGUGGUACUGGUCAUACUGGUGGACUUCUGCAAAAAGUGUCAUAAUGUAAAAUAUCUCAACAUUUUCAUCAUUUCUUUUUUGGCUCCUUUCUGUUUUAGUUUGAAAAUCUGAAUCAGAAAUAAAUGGAACCCAAUGGGGAACAGGAAGUAAAGAAGUGUCUAGCAAACUAGCGUUUCAAAAUGAAAUAACCCAAAUAUAUGAAGUCCACUUUUAGUUUUGUCUAAAAACUUUAGACUCAUUGUUUGAGCUGAAGGAACAAACGUCCCUUUUAUUUUGAAAUUCUCCCCCAGAAACCGGCCGUGUUUCUGCAGCGUCGGGCUUUUUCCACAGGAAGCGCUGUUAUUGAUUUAAAAACAGAGUUAUUAUUUCCCACUCUCACGUUUAAGACCAAUUAGAAGCUAGCUUAGCGUAGCAUCUGUUCCUGUGUCCAUAUGUGAAUAAAGACUUACUAUUGAAGACGAGCUGACGGGGGGGACGGGGGGGUGUUCGGACUCCACAUGCAGAGUGUAAAAUGGUCUAUUUUUGUAGAUUGUGUUGAAUGUAAAUCUGAAGUGUGUGUGUGUGUGUGUAUCACCGGUGGGGGUGAAGAGUUCCUCUGACAGCGAGCCGGAGAGAUUCCUCUGCAUGUAAUUAUAUAAAUAUUGUAUAUUUUUGGAAGUCAACCGGGACGUCAGGUGGUUUUUCCUCCUGCGUUAAUCAUCGUUAACCAAUCGGACGCUGAGGAGGAAGCUCUUCACUUCUCCAGGUUCCUGGCUCAUUUUUCUUCCUGUGUUUUUUUGUGGAAUAACCGUCAGCUUGCCGAGAAACAAAUGGGACGCUCUAUAUGGUGUGUGUGUGGCUGUGGCUGUGUUGGAUGUGUGUGUGUGUGUGUACUGCUGUGUUGGAUGUGUGUGUGUGUGUACUGCUGUGUUGGAUGUGUGUGUGUGCGCAUGUUUCCUGAUCAUUUUGUGGAUAUUUUUUAAUAAAGUCAAGUAGAAAUAAAGGUUUUCUUCAUGGUA